GGUGCCACUUCCGGUUUCAGUUUAGAGAAAAACAACCACAAAGUGACAGGAAAAAAAAUGAAAUGAUAUAAGUUUCUUAAUGUACCUUUCAGAUUGUCAUUUUUCAGACGUCUUGUUCUGAGCUUGAUUAAUCAUGUUAGACGUUACCAAGUGGCCGAUAUUCAGUCUCUUAGAUCCGAACGAAGCUUCAAAAAUCACAAAAAUCUGUGUGUUUGGGAGCUCUGGAAAUGAGGCUAUUUACAUUACUGACAAUGAUGAUGUUUAUGCCAUUGGUUCAAAUUGCAGUGGUUGUCUAGGUUUAGGUGACUCACAUAGUAGUCUGGAACCUAGAAAGAUUGAUGCCCUAUGUAGAAAAAGAAUUGUGGAUGUUGCAUUUGGGAGUGGACCACACGUAUUAGCAGUAUCAGAUACUGGAGAGGUGUAUAGUUGGGGCCACAAUGGGUAUUGUCAGCUGGGCAAUGGAGGUUCCACACAGGGAGUUAUGCCAGUUCUAGUCAACACAAACCUACAGGGAAAGAAAGUAUCAAAAGUUGCUUGCGGAAGUCACCAUUCACUUGCUUUGACCAUGGAUGGGGAGAUAUAUGCGUGGGGACAGAACAAUUGUGGUCAAGUUGGGUCUGGAACUACAACAAAUCAGCCAACACCUAGAAAAGUCAUUGCAGUUAUUGGUUCAAGAGUUGCCAUAUCUAUAGCCUGUGGACAGACAUCUUCAAUGGCAUUAAUGGAAAAAGGGGAGGUGUAUGGCUGGGGUUAUAAUGGUAACGGACAGCUAGGUCUUGGAAAUAAUGUAAAUCAGCCAAAUCCCUGCCGAGUUCAGAUGUUGCAAAACACUAUAGUUUCACAGAUUGUAUGUGGAUAUGCACACACACUGGCACUCACAGACGAGGGUGAUCUUUUCUCCUGGGGAGCUAACUCAUAUGGUCAACUUGGUACAGGAAAUAAGGCAAAUCUAGUCACACCAUCUCGAGUAACAGCAGAUGGAGAAAGAUUUAUUGAAGUAGCCGCAAGCCAUUACUCACAUAUAUCUGCUGCAAUGACGGAGACGGGGAAAGUCUAUAUGUGGGGUCAGUCCAGGGGUCAGUCUAUAACGUCACCAUUACUCACGCAAUUCAGCUGUACUGAUGAUGUAUUUUCAGCAUUUUCCACUCCGCCAGUAACAUGGCGGACACACGCUGUCAAUCAGAUGCGAGGGAGUAAAGUUGUAAAUUGUAUAUCACAAGCAUUUGACGAUCCUAUCACAAGUGAUGUGAAGUUUAAAGUAGAGGGGAGAGAUAUAUGUGUUCAUAAAUCAAUACUCAAAAUAAGAUGUGAGCAUUUUAGAUCCAUGUUUCAGCCAUGUUGGGAUGAAGCUGGAAAAGAUAUUGUAGAGAUUACUCAGUAUCCAUAUAAUGUAUACAGGGCAUUCCUAAAGUAUUUAUACACAGAUCAUGUAGACUUGAUGCCGGAUGAAGCUAUAGGAUUACUAGAUCUGGCAAAUUCCUAUUGUGAACCAAUAUUGAAGCGGCACUGUGAGCAGAUUAUACGACAUGGAAUCUCGGUCAGUAAUGUAGCAAUGCUGUACGCUGCAGCCAUCAAAUACGAAGCAAGGGAGCUUGAGGAUUUUUGUUUUCGUUUUGCAUUAAAUCACAUGACUGCAGUCACACAGACAAAUGCUUUCCAAGAUCUUGAUGAAUCUAUACUGAAGGCGUUCAUCAAGAAAGCCGGACAAGCUGGUGCAUUUAGAUACUGAACUGUGUAGUUAGUGGUAACGCACUUUGCAUCAUAUGAAGUUUUGAAGGAGAAUUUUGACAAAAGUUAAAAGUGUUUUAAACGCAUACUAUCGCAUAAAAAUCUCCAAGUGUAAUAAACAGAAAUAUGACUGUAAAUAGGGUUUGCAGCGGGCCAAGUUUUGUCGAGGAUAGAGGUUACCAAGCUUUAGAUUGAUUAAAAAGCUAAAUUUAAUUGUAUAGGCCAGUAAAUUAGAAGUUUGGAGUCAUUUCAUUCAAACUGAUACAUAAUUGAGCCGCACCAUGAGAAAACUAACAUAGUGCAUUUGCAACCAGCAUGGAUCCAGACCAGACUGCGCAUUCGCGCAGUCUGGUCAGCAUCCAUGCUGUUCGCUAAUGGUUUCUCUAAUUGCAAUAGGCUUUGAAAGCGAACAAUAUGGAUCCUGAUCAUGCUUAUCUCAAAUGCACUGUGUUGGUUUUCUCAUGGUGCGGCUCAAUUAUGGUGAAUGAUGUUUCAUCCAUUUACAUCUAUUACUUACUAGUACAUUCUCAACUGAAGUAUUAUCUCUUAAAAUUAAAAAAAAAGAGAACAUAUACCAAGAAAAAGUUACUUAGAAAGUUUACAUUUAUUUAUUUAAUUCUAAUUUUUGCUCUUAAAGUUGUUGGUUCCAAUGGUAAUACUCUCAUCUGAAAUCUUAGGAGAAAUUUCAUCUUUGGAUAAUUAUAUUUGGGGACCAGUCUGAAAUCUCAAGCUUACGAUUGGUUGUCUGUUGACAUGAUCUCAGAAUUCACCAGUAGCAAAACUGUAUUACAAGAAUGGUCUCCAAACAUUGUUGUAGCACUUCAGAGCCUGAUAAACAAUUUUUUUCAUGUGAUAUUUCUCGGCAAGCUCAAAAAAUUAAGAGUAUUAUUAAAACAACCAAUGAUAUUAUACGUAUUUGUAGAAAAGAUUUUUGUUAAGAAAAUUAAUAAAAUUGUUAAAGUGUUUCUGUGUGCUAAAUUUCAAUCAGAGUUUUAUUUUACUUGUUUUAUUGGAAACUUUGUAAGUUCUGAUUCUAGUUCUGUGUAAUAAGAGUCAUAAUAUUAUAAUGUUUAUAGUUGUGUGAGACACAGCAUGACGUUAAAUAUACAGUCAGUAAUUCUACAAAAAAAAGAAAUAUGAUUUAAGGGUUAAGUUGUGUUGGUGCGCUGUAAAACCCAAAUAAAUAAAUAAAUACCCUAAAUUAUAGGGAUGUUGCAGUUCCAUAUUUUUAUGGGUACAUGAUUUUGUAGGAUUUGAAUCAUCUGAGGUGUUGUAACUGAGAACACUGCUAGGUUUUCAAGUUUCACAUUUUAUUCUAGGAUUGACAAAGAUGGUGGGCCUUGAGGCCCUUAUACCCUAUCAAGUUUGUUGAACAAACUACUUCCUCAUACUUAAAGGGACUGCCUGUGAAGUAUACAGAGACGGCCUGUGAAGUAUAUACAUGUAUAAGCACAAAGUAACUUUUUUCUUAGAUGGACAAAAGGUAUGGGCUCCCAUACCCACCUUCUCAAGCACUCACAGAACAAAAACGUAUUUUUGUUUUCUUUUGGAAUUUCAUACACAUGAUCUCCAUGAAGUGAAGAUUUGUGUGGCGUAUUCUUUCCUGGAAUAGACAAAGGAAGGGGGCACCAGUCCCACUCAGAUUCCAGGUUUAGUGGGACACCGGAAGGGACUAUAGGAAUGCCGUCUGUCCACAAAUCUGGAUCCUGCAAUUACACAAAGUAUUCAAGCUAUGUUCAUAAAAAUUGGUAUGUGAAUAGAGGGCAAUAUGUAGAUUAUGCACAUACAUGACAUGCUUGUAUGUCAAAGAUCAAGGUCACUAUUGAAGGUAAAAAAAAAGUUGUUUCUGCUACAUAACUUUUAUUUGCAUUGAUGGCUUAUCUUAGUGCUACACAGAAAUGUUCCCCAUGAUAAGACAAUGUGUCAACACAUGACCUAUGCAUGUCGGUCAAAGGUCACGGUCACUAUUGAAAGUUUUCCACCAGUAGGGGCUUCUGUAUUGCCACUACAAUACUCGGUCACUUGUUUUUUCUGGGGGCAACCUUACCCAUAGCUGUCUUAGAUGUAUUUGAGGUAUUAAACACAUUUGAGCCAUGCCAUGAGAAAACCAGCAUAGUGGGUUUGCGACCAGCAUGGAUCCAGACUAGCCUGUGCAUCAGCACAGUCUGGUCAGGAUCCAUGCUGUUCGCUUUUAAAGCCUACAGCAAUUAGAGAAACCGUUGGCGAACAGCAUGGAUCCUGACCAGAAUGUGCGGAUGCACAGGCUGGUCUGGAUCCUUGCUGGUCGCAAAGCCACUUUGUUGGUUUUCCUAUGGCACGGCUCAUUUAGUGAUAGUUCUAGUUAAAAAGAGAUAUACAUUAUUUAAUAUUUGUAACAUACUGUAUAAUUUGAUGCAGAUUAUGAAGAAGGAUUCUGACUGUUCUGCUAAGUUAAAAUAAAUAGCACCAUUAUAUUCUAAAACAACUGAAGUAUUGAAAAUAUACACCUUUCACAAGAUAUUUCUUCAUACGUCUUCUUUCUGAAUGUAAUUACACUCGGUACGCAAUACAGUACCUGUUUUUUUUUUACGUUUUAUUUAUAGAUAUAUAUAUUUUUAUGGCAGAGGUGUGGGUGACAACUUACUGUGCUGGAUCAUAUAAAUAAACCUGUUAGUAUUGCAUCUAAAAUCUCGUACCUAAGAGGGCUUUAUUAUCUAUAUUGUUUUUGUUGCCAUUGCAAUGUUUUGCCAUAAUAUAUCAUGCCAGGUGACUGUCACCUUCUGCAUGAAUUCCAGUUAUGUUCCAGUUGAAAAUCUUGUUUUAUCCAUUCAUUAAAAGGGAUUUCGUUCCUUCAAUGGACUGACAUGCAAAAUACGUAAAUUUCAGAGGAAAAAACUGUCAACUGCUUUGUGCUUUUUUGGUAACUUGAAUAGGUGUAUACAGCUAGAAUUUACUUACAUUUUCAAAGGUAGAUUAGAUUUAUUCAGCAAAAUGUAGUCUAUAAUAUUAACGAUAAACAGGACUAAAUACAGACUAUGCUGAAAAAAACCAUUUUUGUUAAAUGCAUAUAUCAGGUGAAAUUGUCGAGUUAUCCUUAAACACAUUAGUAAAGUCAUAUACUUAUAAAAUAUACAAAAUCAAAGUAUUUUUUGCUUUGUCAGUAUUAUUUGUGUCACAGAAAUCAUACCAUCUAUAUUUUCACAUAUAAUUGUGUCUCAUUUUUACACGCCCGAAGGGAACGUAUUAUGUUAUGAUGCCGCAUCAAGACGAUGUGCAGAGCGCAUGUUUCCGAUGGCUCGCUUCACACUUAGGGGCCAAAGGUCGUACCUUCGGGCGUAUAUUGCUCUGCAUUGCAGUGCUCUUGUUGAACAUCAUGUUUUUGACAUGGCUUUCAAACAUAAACAUAGGUACUGCAAUGUAAAACUUGUCUUUCUGAUGUUUUGUAGGUUUGCCAUUUGUCAGGUGUACUGUACACAGUAAGAUGUAACAUUUACAUUCGUCUUUUCAAACAGCCAUUGCUAUCGACAUUCCUUUGUUUUGUAUAAAUUGGUACGUAUUGUGUGAAUAAUUUCAGUUGUUGUAAUUUUGUAAUCUUUCAGUGUUGUUUGAAAGUGAAGCAAAUAAAUAUCUUAAAGAAAACCAA